CCUGCAGAUAUUGAUGAUGUCAGGAAGCACAAACCAGGUUACCUUGAAGCUACGAUUGACUGGUUCCGGUGUUAUAAAGUCCCUGAUGGUAAACUGGAAAAUCAGUUCGCUUUUAAUGGAGAAUUUAAAGACAAGGAUUUUGCUGUUGAAAUUAUUAAAUCUACCCAUGAAUACUGGAAAGCUUUGCUUCAUAAAAAAACGGAAGGAGGUACUGUUAAAUGCACAAAUGUUCUGGUGAGUGGCAGCCCUUUUUGUUGCAGUGAGGAGGAGGCCCGAUCAAUUGUGCAGUCGGCACCAGUGCCUGCGAAUGGAGAUUCUGUUUGCCCAGAAGUUGAUUCCUGGUACUUUUUUCCACGUGAUCAUUGAAGUGUUCUGAAGCCACAUCUUCAAAUCUUAAGUCAUCUCAUUUUUGAAGAGAGGCACUAAUGGUUGGGUUCCCGUUGAGACAACUUUUCAAACUAUGUAAACCUUUGAUCAUGUAAAUAAAUGCUGACAUUAUGAAGUUAA